AUGUUUCUCCGACGGUGUCUCUCCUCCUCCUCCGCCGCCAUGUCCCUCCGCCGUAGUCUCGUCGGGCUCAUCAUCAACACCAACUAUACGUCUCUCUCAAUCCGUAGAUUUUCCUCCGUUUCCGACCACGACGACUACUUCAACACUCUCCGUGAAGUCUUCAUGAACCCUAAAGUCUUCAUGAACGAUAAGCGCGAGACCAUCAUUGAUAAGCGUCCGAUUUCUUUACGCUUCAGAGUGAGCUCACUGAUCGAGCUUUGUCAACCGUACCAGGCGUCGUUGGUAUCGCGUCUCGCUGUCUCGGAAAAGUAUCGCACCUCGGAUUCGGAGACCAUCAUAAUUCGCGACGAAAUCAUCGGCGCUAUGUGCGCCGCCAAAAAGUACAAGGAGGCAAUUGAUCUGUACAAGUUCUUCCGCAGCGAGUCUACACUUGCAUCCUCCUCCUCUGAUGUCUCCUUCAACCACAUCAUCAAAGCUCAUAUUGAUGAAAACCGUGUAGAUAAAGCACUCGGACUAUGCAAUCCCUUGUAUGACGGCGUCGACACAUGCAGGCUGUUGACUAAAGCCUUGGUCGACACCGGGAGGACCCUGGGAGCUCUGAGCUUUGUAAAGGCUAGGAAAGAUCUCCGGGAUUCGGUGGUAUACAGCUAUCUCAUCCGGGGCUUCUUGGAUCUAGGAAACCACGACAAGGCUUAUGAAUUAUUUGAUGAAUUUAAGCAAAAGACCAUUCAUGAUGAUGCUCAGAACAGAAGAGCGGUCGUCGUGGAUGCGACAUUUGUGGAUUACUGGCUCAAGCAAGGCGAGGAAGAGAAAGGUAUGGAGAUUUAUAGGUCUCUUGUUGAAAGGGAAGGGGAGUUAGUGGUGUGUGCAGCGGCCACUGGGAAUACCCUGUUGGAGGUCUUGUUAGACAGCGGUAAGCAAACAGAGGCUUGGGAGCUCUUCAACGCCAUGAUAGCCAAUCCAGAGACCUUUGACAGAGAGACCUUUACGAAAAUGGUGAAUGCGUCUUUCAAGCUGGGCAAAUUCAAGGAGGCCCUCGAGACUUUCAAGAGGCCCGAGUUGACGAGGUCUUCUCGGUGUUACUCUAACAUCAUAGCACAGUUGUGCGAUCGCGGGAUGAUGUCUGAAGCGGAAGAUUUGUUUUCGGAAAUAUGCUCCGACCAAUACUUGUGCCCUGAUGUUCCUACGUUUAGAUCCAUGAUCAACGGUUAUGCCAAGACUGGGAGAUUCAACGAGGCUAGAAAGAUGUUGGAAAAGAUGGUCGAUGCAACUCUCCUCAAAUUUUCUGUUCACGAGGCCCAGUAG